GACAACACGGUGCGGCUGUGGGAUGUGAAUUCGGGUCAAUGUUUGGCAGUUGUUGAAGAUUUCCAUGGGUUAAUCGCAAGUAUCACCUGGAACCCUACUCCAAACGGCACCUAUUUCGCAACCAGCUGUUUCGAUAAGUCUGUUCGCAUGUGGCAGGUCAUAG